CGAAUAUGUUAAUCAUUUAAAAUCGAUAUAAAUAUCUAAUUCACUUGCGGGAACUCGACCAACAAUGGCUUUCAAGAAAAUUUCAAUGUUUGCUAGUUUAGUGGUGGUGACCAUCAUAAGCUACAAUGUACAAAACAUUAAUGCACAAUCAAUGGAACCAUUAAUAGACCAAGAUUUUAAUCAAGUCAAAGCCGCUUUGUUUGAAUUACAAGAGGCUGAAUAUAAUGUGAUGAACGAUUCACAGAAAUUAAACGACAUGCAAAAAGAAUAUUUCGCAGGAAAAGUUGACUAUUCUGCUGUAGAGCGGGCAAGAAAUGAACUAAUCAAGUCUAAAAGCAAAAUGUUCGUAAAAUUUUUACGAUAUCUAUAUGCAACAAAUGAAUUUGAGCCUACAGUCAGUUAUCAAAACUCAUAUCCUCAAAAUCUUUACCGUACCAUGGAUGACUUAAAUAAUUAUAAAAAUUUUAAUGAAAUGCCAGUCAAUCUCGGCAACGCUCCUCAACCACCAACAAUCGUAGUAUAACACUUAUUUAAAUUAUUUGUUUUUUUUUUUUUUGUCUUUGAUGUAUGUGAUUGUUUUUCUAUAACAUAGAAUCAAACCAAUCGGUCAAACAUAACCGAUUUCGAUUCAAAUAAAACAAAUGAAUCAUCGAUAAUUAUUCA